GCGCUCUCGCACACCCACACACCACACACCCCCGCAGGCGGGCAGCAAGCGGACCCACAGCCACAGCACCCCACAGCAAGGACAUUCGCCCGAGAUGCUCACCUAGGCGCCCCGUUUCCCUCCCUCACCACCACCCCCACGAAGGUGGCAGCUUGCCCUCAUUUCCUCAGAAGUGCUGGGGGAAGUAUGAAUUAUUACCAGCUCACUUACGAGUCCCAGCUUCUGCUAUUUUUAAUUUCUCCAGUUUUGUCCAAACCGUUAAGCCAGGUUUGAUAGCACUAUUGCUCUAGUAUUUUUUAUUUUUUUUUUUUUUUUAAAGCUCAACUUGGCUGAACUGAAGCGGAGAUUCCCAAGGGCCAGAGCCACGGAGGGUGUGCGUGUAUAUGUGUGUGCCUGUGCGUGUGGGAGGGAGAGAGCGAGCGAGGGAGAGACAAAAACUCCCUCAGCCCGGACAAUGCCACCUCUUGUUUAAAGCUUCCAAACUGUUAUUCUUUCCCCCACCACACACCCUCCAUUAUCACGGUACCAAGUAAUCUGUCUUUCCCCCUCACCCCAACCCCCCCUCCCUCCUCUUGGAAGAUAUGGAAGAGAAAGAUAAAGCGGCUGCCGCCGGGCUCUGACUGCGCGCAGCCCGCAUGCCUCUGCCGCCACAGCCGGCGCGACUCCGCAGCCGCCGCUCGCAGCGAGCCGCUUACAGCGGGAUGGGAUGCAACUUCUGGUAAUUGGAUCACAGUUCAAGGUAAACUGCAUCAGUUUCUCACUAUCUGGAGCGCUAAACCAGUCCAUUGAUGUAAAGCAACAACCCCCCUCCACCUGUGAAGACUACAAGGCAGCAAGAAGAGAUUCUCCCAGAAAAAGUGCUUAAGUGUUAAUUUGGUACCUUGUUAGCAGAACAGAAAUGAAUAACUCAACGUACAUAAACUCUUCCACUGAAAAUAUGAUGGCUCUGGAGAGCCCCUAUAAAACAGUUGAGGUGGUCUUCAUCGUCCUGGUAGCAGGGUCUCUCAGUCUAGUCACCAUAAUUGGGAACAUCCUGGUCAUGGUGUCAAUCAAAGUCAACAGGCACCUACAGACUGUCAACAACUAUUUCCUGUUCAGCUUGGCCUGCGCUGACUUGAUCAUCGGCAUCUUUUCUAUGAACCUAUAUACCCUCUACACUGUGAUAGGCUACUGGCCCUUAGGGCCUGUGGUGUGCGACCUCUGGCUGGCUCUUGACUAUGUGGUCAGCAACGCCUCUGUAAUGAACCUCCUCAUUAUCAGCUUUGACAGAUACUUUUGUGUCACCAAGCCUCUGACAUAUCCUGUAAAGCGGACCACUAAGAUGGCAGGCAUGAUGAUUGCAGCUGCAUGGGUGCUCUCCUUCAUCCUGUGGGCCCCUGCAAUUCUCUUCUGGCAGUUUAUUGUGGGAGGAAGGACUGUCCCAGAUGGGGAUUGCUACAUCCAGUUUUUUUCCAAUGCUGCCGUCACUUUUGGCACUGCCAUUGCAGCCUUCUAUUUGCCUGUUAUCAUCAUGACUGUCCUUUACUGGCAAAUCUCUCGAGCCAGUAAGAGUCGGAUAAAGAAAGGGAAAAAGGAAGCUGCCCAAAACCAAGAUACGGUUUCCCCCAGCCUUGUCCAAGGUAAAAUAGUGAAACCAAACAAUAACAACAUCCCAACCAGUGGGGAUGGGUUGGAGCACAGCAAAAUUCAGAAUGGAAAAACCACUGAAGAGACUGUGACAGAGAACUGUGUUCAAGGGGAGGAAAAGGAGAGCUCCAACGACUCCACCUCUGUCAGUGUUGUUGCUUCCAACAUGAAAGAGGAUGAAGCUGCCAAAGAUGCCAGCCAGGCUUCUGCCUCCCAAGACCAUCUCAAAGUGGAGAACUCCAAGCUGACAUGCAUCAGGAUAGUCACCAAGUCCCAAAAGGGUGACUGCUCUGCCCCCACCAACACUACUGUGGAGAUUGUAGGCAGCAACGGGGAGGAAAAGCAGAACAGUGUAGCCCGGAAAAUCGUUAAGAUGACAAAGCAGCCAGCCAAAAAGAAACCACCUCCUUCUAGAGAGAAGAAAGUGACAAGGACUAUUUUGGCCAUCCUUCUGGCCUUCAUCAUCACCUGGACACCAUACAAUGUGAUGGUGCUCAUCAACAGCUUCUGCACAUCCUGCAUCCCCGGCACUGUAUGGACCAUAGGUUAUUGGCUCUGUUAUAUCAACAGCACCAUUAACCCUGCUUGUUAUGCGCUCUGCAAUGCCACUUUCAAGAAGACCUUUAAGCACCUUCUUAUGUGUCAUUACAAGAAUAUAGGAGCAACAAGGUUUCACUUCCCUUCUGAGUGAUAGUUCUGCAAGAUGUAGAUGUCGGUCUUGAAGAGCAGCACUCCCUGGGUACCCACUCCGGCUUCCCUGGCUGUCACCCGCGCCCCGUCGCCCCCAAGGCCCCAGGUGGCCCUGCUGCUGGUGCUGCCAUGUCUUCACCUUGGGCUUGGCCAGAGGAUCCCAGCGGCAUGUCCACACCAUGUGCUGUGCUGGCCACUUCUGUUUCACAUAGAAAUUGAGCAAACUGUACAGGUGACUCAUGAAGAAAAAAACAAACAAACAAACAAACAACAAUGAAAAAAAAUGUAACUAGCACUUCUUGCCCUCCUUUUUUCUUCCUUUUAACUAUUUCCAGAAACAGACUAAAACUGAAAAGGCCCAACCAACCUUUGACUGUAGCCCUGCUGCAGCAGGGGCUGUCAUGUCAGCAGCCUGUCGGGAGUGACUUGUACUCUCACAGGCCAGCCCUACCUUCACUCUCCAGGGAGAGGACAACAGCCUGAAGAUAUGUCAAUCCAACUGGCAUCUUUUCUGAGUAUUAAAGACAACUAUGGUUAAAAGAAAGAAAAAAAAAAAAGGAAAAAAGAAUGAAUGAAAGAAAGAAAGAAAAAAGCUGACGUAAGGUUGAGAAAUCUGUUUUCCAGUGAGGACAAAACCCAAGAAAAAAUUCUGUCAGCCUUCUGUUUGGGAUUUUCAUUUGAUUUAUUAGGAAUCAUGAGGAUCUGUUUAGAGACAGCAAAGUGUUUGAACACCACCUGAUGAAAAAUAGUCCAAAGCCAACAGACACAUCUAUAUAAGUCAGAUUGCUCUUUCUUUCUUUCUCCUUCCUUCCUUCCUUCCUUCCUUCCUUCCUUCCUUCCUUCCUUCCUUCCUUCCUUCCUUCCUUCCUUCCUUCCUUCCUUCCUUCCUUUUUCUCUAUUUCUUUCUUUAUUUCUUUCUCUCUCUCUCUUUUUCUCUUUUUCUUUCUUUCUUUCUCUUUUUCUCUCUUUCUCUUUUUCUCUUUUUUUCUUUUUCUCUCUUUCUAUCUUUCUGUCUUCCUUCCUUCCUUUAUUUCCUCCUUUCUUCCUUCCUGUCUUACAAAUGCUCAUCACAACAGGAGUGUUCAAAUGGACCCCAGGGAUCAGUUGUUUGUCAUCCACAAAGCGUGAAGGGGACAAAAGCAAGUGUUAAAUCUAUCAGCCCUCUGUUUUGUAUUUUUCUGGUGGAGGAAAACAUAUUGACAAGAGGAGGCAUCUUUAGCGAUCAUGGCUGUGGUGAGAACAGCCCACACACCAGUGAGGAAACCCUCGGGGUGUCCCAGCUGCUCCUGGCCAUACUAGCUGCAAAAGGGCCAGGAUGGGAUAGAUAAUUUUUGUUUGUUUCAUCUCCUGAUGGAUUUGAAUGUGUCCAUGUGUCUGCUCUGCAGCAGGGCUUGCUAGUAAACUCACAAACCCCUUCACCAUUUUUGAUUAAUUUUCAUCCCUGUUCUCUAAUUCCUAUGGAUGCAACAGCUGCCCCAGUGCUGCCUGGGGAUACAGCUCCUGGUUUCUCCCGUGGUGCCGAGGUGGAACACUUUGAAUUUUUCACUUCUGCUGGCAGCACCUCUUUUUGUCACUUCUGUUACCCAAAACUUUUACCAAAUAGGUAAAGGAUCCUCACAACCACCUUAUGCUGCAAAACUGGCCUGAUGUAGCUGAGGGGGACAGGAAGAGUGCUGCUGAUAUUUCUUUUCCCUCACUUCCCCUAACAAUUAUUCCCAUAGAUCUUUAUUUUUUUGACAAGCCAGGUUGCUUCUCGUGAGAAGCCAAACUCUUAGGAAAGAAACAGAGAGCAGGAAAACAAGCUCUGGUCCUAUGAGCAGGAGGUGUUUGCUGACAGGUAGUGGGUUUAGAGUCUAAUAGCCUUUGAUAUUUUUAAAGAUGUCCUCCUAGAUGGCUCUGUACUCUCAGCUGACAGCAGUGCAAGUGGUAGAAAUUGAGAAGCUAAAAAGAAGCAAGCUUUUUUUCACCCCUGGGUCUACAGAUGUUUUAUAUAACAUGUCUAGAGACACUUGCUAGGGAUGUGAUUUCUAUACAGUAUUGCUUUUAUUGUUCCUGUAUAUCCUGAAAAGCUCCAGUCUUCUAAGAAACCUUUUUUUUUUUUUUUAAUUCAUAGAAAACCUUUCCCUGAAGGAAGCUGAUAGAUGGUCCUUAAUUUGCUGUGGCUUUUUUUCUCAUUUCUCUGCCUGUCUUUCUUCUUUUGUCACAGUCUUGACAAAAAGCUUGCUUUCUUCCUUCCUCACUGUAAGAAGUAUCUGUCACCUGUGUUUCAGCUACAGGUGUGCAGUUUCUCUUGCCUUUCGGGCACUGUGAAUGCUAGUAUUCACACUUUUUAACCGCACCAAAAAUACUGCCUUCCCUAGCAUGCAAUUUCCCCUUCAUGAAAGCCCAAACUACUGUGUGGAGUGAGAAGUUCUAUAAAUCCUUUCUGCACAGGUUUUAAACUGGAAGUAAAAAAAAAAAAAAAAAAAAAAAAAAAAGUCCUCACGUGAAACAAAGCUAAAUCAAUUCCCUUUCUCCCCAGUUUUGUCAUCUCCAUAUUAGAGACAAUGGUGGGUAAUAGCAAAAAGUGAAUGUUCUUGUCAUAGAAUAUCAUACAACAACAUGAAUGAAUUUUAUGCCCUGUGCAGUGCUAAGGCAGCCCCCCCUUCCCUUGAAUCCCCUUUUAUUCCAAUGCUUACUAUCAAAGUAUACACUGAGAAACCAAGCCUAAGAAUGCAGUUAUAGCAAGGCUGAGCUGGACAUGAAUCAUUUACCACAACCAAUGCAAUUAUUUAUCCUGUAUUUUCACUUCCUUCCUUUUGCUAUGGCCUCUUUUGCUACAUUGUGGGACUAGUGGCUCACACGAGCGUAUCAGUUCUCCCAGGCCUCAUAUUUCAGGGUACUGGGUAGAUUUGUUAUACACAUUUCAGUCUGGUAUUAACCAAAUAAAGGGAAACAAAUCUUGGUGUCUUUUUGCUUUCCAGAGCUCUGCGUAACCUGAAAAGUGUCAUUGGGUAGCUAUUCUUUUUCAUCUUUUUAUAGCGAGUUUCUUUCUUUUUUUAAAAUUUUUUUUUACCUCCCCUGCCAAGAAGCACAUAGAAACUAUUUUCUUUGCCCCAGAGUGCUCUGACCAUCUGGGAGAAUCGGCUGUGGGUGGUACGUGAGACACUAUGAUCACAGCCCAUGUUGGAGUGGCCUUCGGAUGGAAGGAUUUAGCUGGGUGUUUAACGUUUGUACCGUCUCACCUGGCAGCACUGAAGAAAGCACAGGGGGACAAGCUUGGCAUGCCCUAACUUGCAAAGGGACAGACAGGUCAUGGUUGGAUUGCUUCUCUGCACCCCCCAGCUCAGGGGCUGAGGGGAAGAGCGGGAGGAUUUCUGCCCCCACCAGAGGCUCUGUCUCUACUCCUCUACCCCAAAGACAGCCCUUCUCUGAAGCACACUAUGGUAGUAGCGGUAGUAAUAAAAGUAACAAAUUUGGCGAGAGUGCCAUGAUUGCCAAUAAACAAACCUUUUUAUAUCUUAGCUCUUAAUUCUGGUGCCACUUUGUAAAGGUGGGUGGUAAGUUAGAGACUAGCAGUUUGUAAAUACCUUUAGAUAGCGUGUUUUAACAUGACCAACACCGUAUCUUGACUGUGUAAAAAAGUAAUACAUUAUGUGUAAUACUAUCCAGAUAAGGUUAUAAUGUAAAUAUAAUUACAAUGAAUGUCCAAUUAUUCUUCAAGCUCUAUGUACGAGGAAGAACCUCAUUUCUUCUUGAGACAUUUUUUAACUUAAGGGUAUGGAAAACCAGUUAUUCAUUUAUAUAAAAAAAACAACUGCAUUCUUUUCUUCAAAAGAAAAUCCUGCUGCAAGGAAGUAGGGAAUGUAUUACGUGUACGUGAUAUCCAAAAUCACAUGGUAAGACUGGGAACUGAGGAUCUUACAAGUCGGGUCUGGUCAAAUUCUUGAUGCCGUACAUUUGAACUCAUAUAAAUAAGAUAAGCACAAGUUUAUGGUUAGCUGUGUAAAGCUGACCCAUUUGAUUAUAUAUACAUUAUAGAGAUAUAUUUAUAUAUGCUGUAUAGAUAUAUACAUAUACACAACAUUCAUACAGUGAAAGCAGAGUUUGACAAAGUCACGUUAACAGGGAAUUUGGAUGUAAUGUUGUGCUCCAUUUGGAAGAAAAAUGUCUGUGUUAUUCAGCAACAUUCAAAUACGUUAUGCAGGAUAAAAGAAGAAGGUGCUUCACCAAAAUAACUCAUGAAGGACUGAGAUGAUGAGGGUUUGAAAUAUCUUGAAUACUCAACUAAAAUUACAUGCAAUAUAUGUGUAUGUACUUCUGCUGAGUUGUAUUCCUAGUUAAAGUAUUGCAUUAAACAGCAAAUUAUGACAAUAAUAAAAAUGUUUUUGUAUGUGUUA